AUGUGGCGGAAUGCCCCGGCCGAAGAGAAGAAGCCCUACCUCGACAGCAUUGAGGCCAAUCGCACUGAGAAUGCGCGGGUAAAUGAAGCGUGGAAGGAGGCAGCUGCGGAGUGGGAUCAGCGGUCGUUGGAGGUGAAGGACCGGUGGUGCACAGAGAACCCGUUUGAUGCAUGGGUUGUGCCUUCGUCUUUGGACGAGUGA